AACGCCAGUAAAUAAUUAAUAUCAAGUCGGGAUAGCAAAGUGGAAAUAGUACAAUUUAAUAAUUAAAAUUAAAUGAAGAUAUUGCGCUUAGAGAAGUGAAUAUUGAAUAAAAAAUAGUAUUAAGGCUUGAAUAAACAAAAGUGUAGUUUGAAUUAUUGACUUCACGUAUAAGUUACUAUGACAAGUCGAAAAGAAAUUCUUGAUCGAGAAGCUGUGCGAUCUGUUAUUAAGCAAUGGAAUUCAAACCGCCUCGACCUAUUUGCCUUAUCGGAGCCAGAUGAGAACUUGCUUUUUCAUGGCGUAAUGAGGUUCUACUUUCAAGAUGCCGGAGAGAAAGUUGCAACUAAGUGUAUUCGUGUUGCAUCUGAUGCGACUGUUGCUGAUGUAAUAGACACGCUCAUCGAAAAAUUCCGUCCAGAUAUGAGAAUGUUAUCAGUUCCAAAUUAUGCCCUAUAUGAAGUUCAUUCAAAUGGUGAAGAAAGAAAAUUAAAUCGAGAUGAAAAACCUCUUCUCGUACAGCUUAAUUGGCAUAUAGACGAUAGAGAGGGACGUUUUUUACUGAAAAACGUUGAGCAAAAAACCACGCCAAUUGAAAAUACGCACACGAAUUUUAAAAGAAAACUUUCUAGACGCGAAAAGAAAGAAAAAAAAAAAAAGGACAAGUUUUCAUGGCAAAAUUGGGAAUCACUAAUUGAAACGGAAAGAAACACUCAUGCAAGUCAAUUAUACACUGAAAUACCAGAAACAUCGUUUACACGAUCCAUUUCUAAUCCGGAGGCGGUAAUGCGAAGGAGACGUCAGCAAAAACUUGAAAAAAAACUGCAACAGUUUAGGUCACGAGAUGGGGGACCAGAUACUGGUGGGACACUCAAAAUAUAUGGAGAAAGUUUAUGCGAAGACGUACCUUAUAAAACAUUAUUGCUUUCGAUCCGUGACUGUGCUCAAGCUGUUGUAAGAGAAAUGCUUUAUAAAUAUGGACUAGACAAAUCGGAUCCAUUGAAUUAUUGCCUUGUACAGGUAAACUUCGAUGGUACGGAAUACAUUCUCGAUGAUGAUGAGUGUCCGUUAUCUAUUUUAAUGAAUCAUCCGACAUCUAGAGGUUCUAUAAUGUUCCAUGUAAGAAGACGACCUGCAGAAUCUCAUCCAAGAAGAAGAAAGAAAAAACCACUUGGUGCUUCUAAUGAAAAUAACAGUACAUCUACUGACCGUGAAAGUCCAGUGUUAGUAGAAGUGACACACAGAGGCGAUAGCAGUCGACGAAUAAACUUGGGAUCUGAACCUAUUGAAGUGGGAUCUGCAAAUACUAAUUCUCUGCAAUUAUUUGGGCCAUCCAUACAAGCUAGACAUUGUUUGUUUUCAAUACUUGAAGGAGUUUGCACCGUUACACCAUUACACCCGGAUGCCCUGACAUUUGUUAAUGGACACCAAGUGACAAAACCCACAAUUUUACAUAAUGGAUCAGUAGUUAUGAUUGGUCGUGUGGCAUCAUAUCGCUUCUUAGAUUCACCAUCAGAUGGCCGCUUUAAUCUUGCUCUCUCUCAAUCACAACUGGAUUCAGCUUGUCUUUACGAAAAUAGAUCUUUAACAUUGCAAGCAUCGUGGGCUUCUAGUACGGAAGAUGAAAAUAUUAGAACGCAUCAAACCCGGGAAAUAGAAAAGACAACUAAUGACAACCAAACCGAAGUAGUUGAAGCAUACAAAAAGCAAACAACCAAUAGAUCGAUGCAGAAACAACAAAAAACCCAGUGUAAUGACAACGAACCUAGUAAUGAAGUUACCGAUCUAAGUCUUGAAGGAGAAACUAAAUCGAUAUCAAGUCUAGUUUCAACUGAUGCUAAUGAGCAGGAUCAAAGUAUUUUUGUUUCCAGGUCGACAAGGAAAAUGAUUGGUGUUGACAGUCAAAGACAGGAACUUAUCUUGCCGGCUGUACUGGAAUUCCCAGAAAAACAUCAGGCGCAGUUUCUUACCCAAAUUAUAACGGAGUUGGAUGUGACCUUACCGCACUUCAAACUAGCUCCAGUAUAUUCUCUUUAUUUAUGUGCCAGAUAUCGGGCUUCUACUCAUUAUAGACCAGAACUACAGCCUGCGGAACGUGCUCACAAGCUCACCAUUUUUCUACACCAUGUAGCAAAUUUAAUAUACUCAAUUAUUGAAGGGAAAUAUACGAAUGCUCAUGAUCUUGCUUUCUGGAUGGCUAACAGCUCGGAGUUUCUUCAUUUUCUGAAAUCUGACAGGCAUAUAAGUGCUUUUAGUAUUCAAGCCCAAGAAGUUCUCGCUGAAAGUGUACAAUCUGCAUUUCACAAUUUAGUUAAUUGUUUUCGAGUGGAGUUAUCGCAAACCCUUAACCAAUUUUUAUCAGAAACAAAUGACCAUGACUUAGUUGCAGGUUCUGUUUUGACAGUUUUAGGAUCAGCAAUGGCUCUUUUACGAAAAUGUCGUGUAAACGCUGCACUAACUAUUCAAUUAUUUUCGCAAUUAUUUCACUAUAUUAAUGCUGUCUGUUUUAAUACGAUUAUGGCCAACACUCAUAUGUGCACAGCUGAAUGGGGAAAAGUCUUGACAGAUCGUCUAUUAAUAUUAGAACUGUGGGCAGAACGUCAAGGACUUGAACUAGCAGCGGAUUGUCAUCUGGCAAAAAUUAAUCAAUGUGCACAAUUCCUCCAGUCGACGAAAACAAAUAUUGAAGAAGUUCAAAAAUUAGCAUGUUCUUGCUUUCGCUUAAACUCUCUUCAAAUGGCCGCGCUGUUAGAACACGAACAAAUCUCACGUAACUUAAAAGAUGCAGCUGUUAGAAUGGCGGAGUCAGUUGCUGACGAACUUGCACGUGCUGAUGGCAGAGAAGUGCGGUUAGAAGAAACUCCUGAACUUCAUUUGGUACUCUUACUACCUGAUGAUGGGUUUAGCUGCGACGUAGUCAGAGGAAUCCCUUCAGGUUUGGUUGAUUUCUUAAGCCCACUGCAGUUAGCGGGAAUUUGUCGAUUAGCUGCCCAACCUACGAGUAUUGGACUUUGGACGGUUUAUAUGCACCAAUUUAAUGCACGUUCACCAAGUGAAAUAUCAAAUAAAAUACCAGAACCCGAAAUUCAGGCUAUAAAACUGCAAAAAAAUUCAAAUGGAAUGGGAUUAUCGAUUGUAGCGGCGAAAGGAGCGGGCCAAGAGCAAUUGGGUAUCUAUAUAAAAAGUGUUGUACCAGGUGGAGCAGCUGAUGCAGAUAAUAGAUUACAAGCGGGAGAUCAGCUUCUGCGAGUUGAUGGGCAAAGCUUGGUUGGGAUUACACAAGAAAGAGCAGCGGAUUACUUAGUUCGUACGGGCCCUUUGGUUACAUUGGAGGUGGCAAAACAAGGAGCGAUCUUCCAUGGAUUGGCUACUUUACUUCAACAACCAAGUCCUUUAACUCUGAGAGGUAAAACGUUACAGGAAGAUGUUUCUAUUAUUGAAUGUGAUUUCGAGAACAAUAAACAGUUUAAAUCUAGUAAAUCAUUCCCAAUUCUGCAUCAUACUAAUACAAACAAAUUAAAUUUUAAUUCAAAUUCCCGAAGCUCUCAAAGUUUGCCGAGCAACGAGCAAAAUUUCUACCAAAACUUGAGCCCAUGUCUAGAUAAAAAUCUUGGUCAAACUGUUUUUGGUGAAAGGUUAGCAGCUGACUCGUCACUAUUAAAUGGAACGUAUUCUAAAUCGACUCAGCAACUUUCAUCACACACUCAACAACUUAUUGCAAAUACGUAUAAUAUUAUUAAUCGACCUACUUCAACCUAUUACAAAGGCAGUUCUUAUGCCGAUUUCAUAGAAAAUAAGAUUAAUCCACAUCAGAUGCACGAUUUAAUGUCAUGCGAAGGGAACUCUUCUUUUAGCCUAUCCAAACAACAACAAAAUAAUCAGCAAACACAAGUUCUUGUUAACAAUAUGGAGAGUUCAAAGAGUACUUUAAAUUUCAACAGAGAAGGGCAACCCAUCAAUAAUCUAAUACUAGCUCCUUCAAUGCCAAACAUCUCUGAUGUCUGUACCAUGCCUUUAAAGACACAAAGUAGCCAAACAGGUUUACAAUCAAGUCAAAGUAUGCAAAAUGUUGCUAUUAUAAACCAAGCGCCUAUCCAAUUAGUUGCUCAACAGCAAUGUUUAAAAGCCACUGCUCAACAACCGAUUAAUUAUGUUGGAGAGAAAAACAAUCGAAAAGAAUCAAAACAAAAUAUAUUACUUACUUCACCAAAACCACGUUUAAAUAAGUCUAAUACGACAGAGUUUUCGGUUUUAACAUCUAAACAACAAUACCCAACGAACAUACUUGAUUCCCAAUCUGUUCGCGUGUCUCUUAAUAACCAAAAGCAAACAAGUGCAGAAAAAACGCCUCCACUUCCUCCUACAACUACACAUCCUCUCUUUAAAAAUAUUUCACAAAAAUCACAGAGCUUGGUCAGCACAACAACUUCUUCAGAUACCCAAAGAGGCACUUACUCUCCCAUAAAUGUUUCACUUGCUCACCAAAAACAUUAUGCAACCGUAAACCUAUGGGAGCUUGAAGGAAGAGAAAAAGAACAUGACAAACUUAGACAGGAUAUCAGAAUCUGCGGAGAAAAGAUACAAAAUCGGUAUGCACAACAGGAAGAACAACUUAAGACAUUAGCCCUAGAAAGGGAGUUUCAGCGCAGAGUGCAAGAAGCCGAAGAACAGGAUAAGGAAAGUGAGCUGGCGUUUGAAAAGGACAAUAAGAAACAAGAACAUAUUCGGGCAUCAGAUAAUCUCAUUCAAUCAUCAAAUUUAAACUGUUUUCAGAUAGAUAUUGAUGUUAAACAGGAUAUAGGGUGUCUAGACAUGUACAAUAAAACAAAAUUUCCAAAAUCUGAUUCUCAGGUAUCUCUUUUGCAGGGCCAGUCAUCGGCCUCAGUGCAGCCAAAAGGAAUAUUAAAAAACAAUCGUUAUGAAAGUUCAUCCUUCUUAAUAACCAAUUCUAUAUUACCGUCAAAACCAACAUAUAAAACCAACUCAGAUAAAAUUCAUAAUUGUGAAGAAAAGGAAAUUAUAAACAUAUCUAAAGAUAUUUCCAAUUUAAGUUUGGAUAUUUAUCGAAAUAAUUUUAAACAUUUUCUGCCUGGAGAACAUAUUUCUCAAUCUCCAAGUUCAUUCCCUUCUCGUACAAUAUCUCCUCCUCCCCCACCGGAGCGAAAUGUUUCGUACAUUGUGAUGUCGCAAAAACAACAGUCAACUAAUAACUCAAAUUCCUCGAAAAAUAUGGUUCUUUCUAGUGCAGAAGCACAUAACCAAUGCAACAACAAUAUUAUUUUGAAAACCACGCAAACAAUGAACAUGACCGAUAAAAAGUUAUCAUUGAACUCGAAUGCUCCGAAUGGUCUUUUGUUUUUUGGACGCGAUACUAAAAGGGUUACAUUUCAUUAUGAAGAUAAUAACCAUAUUCCAUUUAAAAAAGCGGUUUAUGCUAGUGAUCAGAAUCUAAACAGCGAUAAUUUGGAUACUCCUUCGUUGUGUGAUAUCAGUGCGUCCAAUGAAAUUUUGGAAUCUCCAUCGACUAUAAAAUCUGAUUUAUGGAAUUCGACCGUUAAAUCGACUCCAGGUGUAAUAGGGGCACAAGAAGUUUACAGAGAUCCUCGUCAACGACGCUUAGCUGAACAACAUGAGAAGGAGCAGAAACGAUCAAAUGAUGCUGUUCCCGAAAAGUUGUCUUUUAAGGAAAAAAUGAAAAUGUUUGCCUUCGAAUCUGGUGAAGAUCAAACACCUAAGGAUAAAUUAAAAAUAUCAAGGGCUCAAAGGGAUAUUGAUGCUGCUCAUUAAAAAUACUUUACGUUUAUUUUUAUUUAAAAAAAUUAACUGUAUUCAAUAAAUCAUUUUUAGUAAUUAUCAAUUACACUAUCAACUCAAAAAGAAA